AUGGGAGUGUUGUCCACACUCAUAAGGGGCUUUACAAGAGGAGCAGACAGAAUGUCUGAAUUCACCAGCAAGAGAGGUUCAAGGACUCAUAAUAAAGGCAGAGGUGCAAGACCAAGUGGAAUAAAUCUCUCUAGCGGAAAGUUUAUGGCAAUACGGGCUAUGAUUCCAGAGUUUGUGGUACCUAAUCUGGACGGUUUUAAACUAAAGCCCUACGUGUCAUACCGGUGUCCAGAAGGAACAGACCCUCCAGUCACUGCAGAGAGUCUGUUUGCUGAAGUGGCGGCGCCUCGGAUUAAGAAGGACUUCAAUGAAGGGAUUUUUGACAAAGAGAAACUGGAGGAAUACGGAUUUGAACCCACACAGGACGGGAAGUUGUUUAAACUGUAUCCAAAGAACUAUGUGCGUUAA